AUGGCCCAAGCCAUCUCUAUGCAUGCACAGGCCAUCACGGCCCAAGCCACUAGAGAGGGUGCUCCCAGGGAGAACCUGUAUGCUAGCACCAUGGCUAGUAGACUUAGGGAUUUUACCAGAAUGAAUCCUCCAGUCUACUACGGGUCCAAGACUAAUGAGGAUCCCCAAGUGUUUGUGGAUGAGGUUCACAAGAUUCUCUGUGCUAUGGGUGUUAGUGAAGAGGAAAAGGCUGAGUUGGUUGCAUACCAACUCAAAGAUAUGGCUCAGGUGUGGCACAGGAUGUGGGGAGAUGUUCGAGCACCAGGAGAAAUCCCCAUCACUUGGGACGUUCUCAAGACUGAGUUCCUAGAGAGGUUCUUUCCCAGAGAACAGAGAGAGGCUAAGGUUGAGGAAUUCAUCAACUUACGACAGGGAGGUAUGUCAGUCAGAGAAUACUCCUUGAAUUUUGUUAAGCUUUCAAAAUAUACUUCUUCUCUGGUGUCCAAUAGCAGGGAUGAGAUGAGAAGGUUUGUGACUAAUGUAUCGGAGGAUUUAGAAGAGGAAUGUCGGGCAGCAAUAUUUCAUAAUAACAUGGACCUUGGUAGUUUGAUGGUUCAUGCACAACAGGUUGAGGAGAUUCGUUGGAGGAAGAGAAGCUGA